AUGCGUUCAUUCCUACAUCCUAGGCGAGUCUUUACAACGCCUGCAUCUGUGGGAACCAGUGAAUAUGGAGAGGCAGAUCCUGAACAGGACCAUCUUAUGAAUCCAUACGAUGUCCAGUCGUUUAAUGAACAUUCAUAUAUUGAGGAAUACUUUUAUGAUAACGCCGAAGGUCGAAAUUUUGAGCCUAAAGCAUUAUCGGUGACUGGAUUGGAUUCGAGACACUCGGAUAUGGUGUCUUCUGAAAACGAUAUGCCGUACCUCGAGCCUGAGCAGGAAUAUACCAAAGAUGCGUGGAAUACGGCCAUGUCGUUCCAUGAUGGACGAGACCAAAGUGUGAAUGCACUUAUGCCACAGAGUGAUAUCCAAAAUGGUGGUUCUGAAUGGCCCAUGUUACCUACUAACACCGUCUCUGGCGACGAAGAAAAAUAUGCAGCACACUAUGGACAAAUCCCUCAACGUCAGCCGCGCCGAUACCGUACUUUAAAGCGCGUACCUUUGCAUAACGGGCACCUUGUCCUUGAUUGUCCUAUUCCUCCGCGCCUUAUGCGUCUUUUACCCAUCCGUGAAGGCCGCGAGUUUGGAUACAUGCGUUAUACUGCUAUCACGUGUGAUCCUGAUCAUUUUGUCACGGAUCGGUAUACAAUUCGACAGCAAUUGUACGGACGACCGCGCACAACAGAGCUAUGCAUUAUUUUGACGAUGUACAAUGAAGACGAGCGCCUUUUUACUCGCACGAUGCAUGGUGUUAUGCUAAAUAUUGCUUAUCUCUGUUCUCUUCGCAAUCAUUCAACCUGGGGUGAAGGUACAUGGAAAAAAGUCGUCGUUUUGAUUGUAUCUGACGGACGUCAAAAAAUUCACAGUCGCACACUCAGUGUACUUGCUGCAAUGGGCAUAUAUCAAGAAGGUGUGGGAAAGAACGCAGUGCAAGGCACUCCCGUUCAGGCGCACAUGUAUGAGUAUACGGCACAAAUUUCUGUCGACUCAUCACUCAAGUUUCGUAGUGCGGAACGUGGAAUCGUGCCCGUUCAAGUGAUAUUUUUACUCAAGGAAGAAAACAAGAAAAAGAUCAACUCUCAUCGGUGGGCAUUCAAUGCACUAUCUCCUUUAUUAAAUCCACGUAUAUGCAUCUUGUUGGACGUUGGUACCAUGCCGAAACCUCACAGCAUUUAUCAUCUGUGGCGCGCUUUUGACAGUGAUCCUAAUGUUGGCGGUGCAUGCGGUGAAAUUGUGGUUCAAAAGGGCAAGUUGUGGCAUGAACUAUUGAAUCCACUCGUGGCUGCUCAACAUUUUGAAUACAAAAUGAGCAAUAUACUUGACAAACCUAUGGAGAGUGCAUUCGGAUACAUCAGUGUGCUGCCGGGUGCAUUUAGUGCAUACCGUUAUACUGCCCUUCAAAAUGAUCCCAUGGGACAUGGACCAUUACAUUCAUACCUCAAGGGUGAAACGAUGCACGGUGGAAAGCAUGAUGCUGACAUUUUUUCGAGCAAUAUGUAUCUCGCGGAAGAUCGUAUUUUAUGUUGGGAGCUUGUCACAAAGCGCGAUAGCGCUUGGCUCUUACGGUUCGUGAAACGUGCACAAGCAGAAACAGACGUACCAACCCAUGUUGCUGAGCUCAUAUCGCAACGUCGCCGAUGGCUGAACGGUUCAUUCUUUGCAGCAAUUCACUCCAUCAUCAAGUUUGGGCGUAUUUACAGGUCAAAACACAGUGUGUUUCGAAAGUUCUUGCUACACGUGGAGAUGCUUUAUCAGACUGUCAUGCUGUUCUUCACUUGGUUUUCACUGGCGAAUUACUUCCUUAUUUUUCAUAUUCUGUCCAGGUCUAUGGAAGAUAUUGCACACUGGAUCCAUGUACCUACCCUGAUAUGUGAAUAUAUCUAUCUCGCGUUCAUUAUCUAUUGUUUCCUCCUCUCCAUGGGAAAUCGUCCACAAGGGAAUCGGAUCGGAUAUCUUGUAUCAAUGAUUGUUUUUGGAUUUGUAAUGCUCAUUCUUGUAUCAUUUGUCGUAUUUUUGGCGUAUUGGAGUAUUAAGAAAGAGGUGGUACAUCACAAGAACGCUGAGAUUCUCACAGAUGGUGUAUUUGUGCGCAUUGUCAUUUCAGUACUCAGCACAUAUGGCAUCUGGUUGCUUGCUUCUCUAAUGUUUUUGGAUCCAUGGCACAUUUUCACGAGUUUAUUUCAAUACAUUCUCGUUUCACCGAGCUUUAUCAACGUUAUCAACAUAUAUGCAUUUUGUAACACCCACGAUGUAUCAUGGGGCACGAAAGGCUCCACUACGCUCUCAAUGGAUUUGGGCCAGGCAUCUGGAACAUCCAACGACGCUGUGGAGGUGACGGUUCCGGACCGCAUGAAAGAUAUCGACGCAGCCUACGAUGAUGCAUGCCAGGCCUUAUCUUCCAGGGAAUCAUUGCCUGCCCCGCCACGAGAUACAGAGCAGGCCCAGAAAGACUAUUAUGCGACUGUGCGCACUAAUGUCGUGCUAGCCUGGACUCUUACGAACGUUGCUCUGGUAAUUGUGAUUCUCAAUGUUUCUCGCAAGGUACACAAUAUAUACAUGGCUGUGCUAUUUUACACAUUUACCAGCUUGGCAUUUUUCCGAUUCCUCGGUGCUUUCGUGUACCUUGUCAGGAAACUAUUUCCCUGA